AUGGAAAAGACUCGCAAUGCAUUUAAGUGUUCCCUUUUUGGUGGUAUCGUGGAUAUUAAAGACAAUUCUCUACCUACUUAUGAAGAUGUAAUGAAGUAUUAUGAAUGGACGAGACAUCACCUCAAAUUACAAUUAGAAACCGCAAAGGAGCCAACAUUUGCACAUGUAGCAGAUAUAGUGGUACCUAGGAUUGAAGGUAUAUGGCUAACAGCAUCUAUUCCAACUGUAACACGAACGAGAAUAAUACAGAUGUUAAAAGCAUAUGACAUGAAAUGCAAGAAUUUACUUAAGUCUAUUAAGAAGAUUUCUCCAGAAAAAUUGGAAAGUUUUCGCGAAAAUAGUAAGCUGCUCUUUGAUAUUGCAUCUUGCAAAUGUAAAGAACUCCCACAUUGCAUCUGCCCGACUGAUAAAAAGGUUCCCAAACAGGAACAACCGUUUUUAAUAGAUCAACGAACUUCUCGAAAUAUGUUUAUCGGUAAAAUUGACAUUACUACGACAAAAAAACUACAAAAGACCCUUAAACGGAAACUAGAUCGCGAAAACUCCACAAGUAAAUCCUUGAGUAAGAGUUUUAUGUCAGUUGAUACAGAAAUUAACGUUUCCAUGACUUCACCGACAUCCGAGCGGAGUAGUAGUACAGCUGAUGAAUUCCUAAACACUACAGACGAUGGCAUUCCUGAAAUAAAGAGAAAAAAGAUCUCACAUAUUAACUUACCUACGUUAUCGAAGACGUGCGACAGAUAUGGAGUCUCUGAUAGGGCGGCGGUAGCGAUCGCAUCAUCUUUUUUUGCACGAUAUUAG